AAUUAUCAGAAUGUGACUUGAGGGAUAGUGUAAAUAGAUCAACCAUUAAUGCCAGCCAGUUAGAAUAUACAAAACAGCAAUUUGAUGAUGAGUUUGCUGAUUCAUUUAAUCUAAUUUCUGAAUCUAGCACUAUACAACUAGAUGAAAUAAAUGGGGAUAAUUUAUUAAUCGAAGAAAUUAUCGAUCUUUCAA